AUGAGGAUUAGAAGGUACAGUUUGGUACGCACAUGCUGGAAGGUGAAGCUGAGGACUGGUGGGAUAACAGUCGUCAGAGAAUGGAAGCUGCAGGUACUGCUAUUACUUGGGCAGUGUUUCGGGCUGAGUUUUUAUAAAAGUACUUUCCGGAAGAUGCUCGUAACAAAGAGGGAGAUUGAGUUCCUAGAAUUGAAGCAGGGGAAUAUGACCGUUGAUGAGUAUGCUGCUCGAUUCGAGGAAUUGGUGAAGUAUUGUUCUCAUUACAAUACCAAUGAAGCUAUGAAUUCCAAGUGCAUCAAGUUUGAGAACAGGCUGCGUCCCGAGAUCAAACAGGGUAUUGCUUUUCAAAAGAUAAGGAACUAUCCAGAGCUAGUGAGCAGAAGCAGAAUUUAUGACAAUGAUAACAGAGCCAGGAUUGCACAUUACAAAGCUGUGAACGAUCGAAAGGGUAAGCAUGAUCGUGGGAAACCAUACAGUGCUCCUGCUGAUAAAGGAAAACAGAAAGUUGGUUUUCGGAAGAAGCCAAAUGGGGGAGGGUUUGCUUCCAACCCCAUUACUUGCUUCCGAUGUGGUACCGAGGGGAACCGUGCUAAUGAAUGUCAGAAAGGCAUGAAGAAGUGCUUCAAGUGCGGAAAAACAGGUCAUGUCGUGGCGGAUUGUAGAACCAGUGUGCCUACUUGCUACAACUAUGGUGAGCAAGGUCACAUCAGCACUCACUGUCAAAAGCCAAAGAAGUCUCAAACUAAUGGGAAGGUGUUUCCAUUGGUAGGGACCCAAUCUAUCGAUGAGGACCGGUUGGUCAAAGGUACUUGUUUCAUCCAUAACACUCCUUUGAUUGCUAUUAUUGAUACGGGUGCGACCCACUCGUUCAUUUCUGUUGACUGUGUGAAGAGAUUAGGACUUGUGCCGUCUACUUUAGAUCGAAAGAUGACUAUUGAAACUCCAUCUAUUUGUUCUGUGGUUACUUCUUUAGCAUGCUUGAAUUGUCCGUUGACUAUCUUUGAUAGGGAUUUCAGAGUGGACUUGAUUUGUUUGCCACUCAGUAAUCUGGACGUUAUUUUGGGAAUGAACUGGUUAGAGUUCAAUCGUGUGUAUAUUGAAUGCUUUAGGAAGAGGUUCUUGUUCCUUACUCCUGAAGAGGAAGCAUUGGCAGAUUGGUUAUCUACCAAGGAGAUGAGAAUAUUGUUGGAGGAUGAAGCUAAGAUGUUUGCUGUGUUUGCUUCACUGUCUAUUGAGAACAAAACAUCAAUUGAAGAGAUACCGGUGGUGAAUGAAUUUCUUGAAGUAUUUCCUGAUGAUAUUACAGAGUUAUCUCCGGAGAGGGAAGUUGAAUUUUCUAUUGAUCUUGUUCCUGGUACUAGGCCUAUUUCUAUGGCGCCGUACAUGAUGUCUGCAUCGGAAUUGUCAGAGUUGAAGGCUCAGAUUGUGGUGUUCAUUGAUGAUAUAUUGAUUUAUUCUAAGUCUGAAGAAGAUCAUGCAGAACACUUGAGGAUUGCGUUGCAAGUGUUGAAGGAUAACAAAUUAUUCACAAAGUUCUCAAAGUGUGAUGGAAUAGCAGUUGACCCAUCUAAAGUAAGUGCAGUACUUCAGUGGGAACCUCCGAAGACGGUGACGGAAAUUAGAAGCUUCUUGGGUCUGGCAGGAUAUUAUCGUAGAUUUAUUGAAGGAUUUUCUAAUUUGGCGCUGCCAUUAACUCAGUUGACUAGGAAGAGUCAAGCUUUUGUAUGGGAUGCGGCGUGUGAGGAAAGUUUCGAAGAGUUGAAGAAGAAGCUGACAGCAGCGCCAGUGUUGAUUCUGCCUAAUCCAAGUGAACCGUUUGUUGUGUACUGUAAUGCAUCUAAAAUGGGACUAGGCGGAGUGUUAAUGCAAGGUGGUAAAGUGCCUCAUUGUGAUAUUGUUGGACCAACUUCAGGAAGCACAUCCUGUGUUGUAGUUAUUAGAAACAACCAACUUCUUCUGGAAAAUGCUGGUGAUUCACGUUGUGUAAUAUCUCGGAAGGGACAGGCAUACAAUUUGCUUGAAGUAGAUUGUGCUGCUUGA